GAAUGUAAUGGAUGAAGAUAGAAAGAAUCGAUGAAAGUGAAUAAUAACCUUCAAGUGAAGAAUGAUGGAGUUGGUUUGAGAAAAGGCUAUUGAAUUGGGAGUAGAUAUGUAUUUCACGUGGCAAAAAGUUCCAUUAGAAUAAAGUUUUGGAACUCGGACAGUCGUAGAAUUUUUUUUGAUUUCUGGUAAUAUCGUGUAAUUUUACCUCCUUUUCUGUCUCGUCUUCUCCCACCGUCCUCUUUCUGCCGUGGCCGCUCCAUCUGCCCUCCCCACCGUCUUCUUACUGCGGCACCCACGUCCGCAGCCGCACCGACGCCGCCUUCACAUCGUUGCCAUUGUAACAAAAAGGAACCACCGCCAGAAACACCUGGCGAAAGUUGGCAGCACUUAGAACUUGGGAGCAGGCAGCCGCAUAGCAGGUUAGGCUGAGCUCCUGGGAUGAGUAGCAGCAUCGAAUACAUCAACGAAGGGGUGAAAACGACAGCAAAGAAAAUGGUUAAAGAGGGUGAGAUUUUUGCGUCUUGUACUUUCGCCAGCCUCGGUCUGGACCCUACUCUAUGCGACCAACUUCGAGAUAAAAUGGGAUUUGAAGUUCCUACGCUUGUACAGGCUCAAGCAAUUCCGGCUAUUUUAUCCAGGCGUCAUGUUCUUGUUAAUGCGGCCACAGGCACAGGCAAAACAGUUGCGUAUUUGGUUCCAAUCAUCCAUCACUUGCAGAAAUCCACUCGUAGGACUCAGCGCGCUGAUGGAACUUUCGCGUUGGUUCUUGUACCGACGCGAGAGCUAUGCAUGCAGGUCUACGAAAGUCUACAAAAACUAUUACAACGUUAUCACUGGAUUGUCCCUGGUUACAUAACAGGUGGAGAAAGUCGGUCGAAAGAGAAAGCGAGGUUGCGGAAAGGUAUAUCAAUUUUAGUUGCAACACCAGGUCGGCUCUUGGAUCAUUUAAAGAACACAUCAUCCUUUUUGUACUCAAAUUUGCAUUGGAUAGUGUUUGAUGAGGCAGAUAGAAUUUUCGAAUUAGGAUGUGGCAAAGAAGUUGAGGAAAUACUGGAUCAUUUGGGCUCAAGAAGGAAUAUUCAUGUCAAAAAGGAUAAUGCAAUUUCAAGUUUUGGAUUCCCGCAGCAAAAUUUGCUCUUUUCAGCUACCUUAAAUGAAAAAGUAAUUCAUUUUGCCAAAAUUAGUUUAGAGAAUCCCAUUAUGAUUGGUCUUGAUGCUGGCGACAGUGCCCUUGAAUUUCAACCAUCUGAACGUGGUCGAUUUUUGGGACAAGACAUAAAUGAUGAAGUCCAACCCAUACGGAAGGAAAAGAGCUUUUCAAUUGCAGAUUAUAAAAUUCCAACCCAGUUAGUUCAGAGUUACGUGCAAGCACCUUGUGGUUCUCGGUUGACUGUGCUUUUUUCUGUCCUGAAGUAUUUAUUUGAGAGAGAAUCCUUUGAGAAGAUUUUGGUACUCUUUUCAACAUGUGAUGCUGUAGAUUUCCACUACUCCCUAUUUGGUGAGUUCAAAUUCUCCUCUUCAGAAUCAGAAUCGAGGCCUGAACAUUUGUUUCUUAAAUGCAAGAUUUUCCGGUUGCAUGGGAGUAUGAAGCCGGAAGAUCGUAGAACAACAUUUCAGGCCUUCAAAACAGAGAAGCUGGCUCUUCUUCUAUCCACUGAUAUUGCUGCUAGGGGGUUGGAUUUUCCAAAAGUUAGGUGUAUCAUUCAAUAUGAUCCUCCAGGAGAGGCAAUUGAGUAUGUGCAUAGGGUUGGAAGAACUGCUCGCUUAGGGGAAAGAGGAGACUCGUUGUUAUUCCUGCAACCAACUGAAACAGAUUAUUUGCAAGAUUUGCAGAACCAUGGUGUAUCUCUUACUGAAUACCCUCUUGUCAAGGUGUUGGAUAGUUUUCCAGCUCGUGGCAGGAAGCAGUUUGUAGAAAAGCUUGUUUCUUUGGAGUCACAUUCCUGGAUCAUGUUCUUGCAGAGGGCUGUCGAAUCGUUCGUUGCAGCUGAGCCAGGAAUGAUGAAACUGGCCCAGAAAGCGUUUUGCUCUUGGGUUCGUGCAUAUACUGCUCAUCGUGGUGAGUUGAAAAGAAUUUUUGUGGUGAAGAAACUUCAUUUGGGGCAUGUUGCAAAGAGCUUUGCGUUGAAACAACAACCAUCUGUUGUUGGAAAAUCAUUCAAGAAACAGGUAAAGAAGAGGAAAAGAGAUUCAAGGCAGGAUGUCUCAUCAUCAAAAAAGAGGACUUUGUAAAUCGGUGGAAAGGGUAAAAGCAUGGACGGGCUCGUGGUGAAUGUGUAAAGUAACUGUUGAUUCAUUGUCUACUUUUUCUACAUGGUAGCAAUUUUGAGUGCUGCGACUGUGAACUGUGUUUUCAUGUCUAGGGUCGUGUGCAUCAACUGCAAAGCACCUCCUUCAAAUUUUGAAUUAUUUUUGGUUCGGUCCCCAUGUUUGUCAUGAGUUAGGUGUUAUGCAACAUAUAAUCCAAAUCUAUACUAUAAUUGAUUUUGAGUUGGAUUAA